GAGGGGACAGUGGGCGGUGGAUGGGAGAGCUGGCGCAGCUGCUGUGGUGGCAGCUGCUGUGGUGGCAGCGGCUGAAGUAGCGGUGUCUGUAACAGCUCUGGGCUCGGGGCUUUGGUGGCGGCGCCGCCGGCGGGCUGGGCUGCACGGUGCGGACUCCGGCGCGCGGUCCGGGUUGCUGGCGCGGCACGUAAGAUGCCUCUAAUGGAGUUUCUGAGAAGCACCUCUGGGCCAGUGGCUUUGAAAGGGAGCUCCAACCAGAGACUAUUUAAAGCCCUGGACAUUGCAUCCUGAGAGCUAUAGGAGAGGAGAACAUGGCUGUGAGCUUAGACGACGAUGUGCCCCUCAUCUUGACCUUGGAUGAGGGUGGCAGUGCCCCACAGGCUCCCUCCAACAGCCUGGGCCAAGAGGAGCUACCUAGCAAAAAUGGGGGCAGCUAUGCCAUCCAUGACUCCCGGGCCUCCAGUUUGAGCUCCAUGGGGGAGAGUUCCCCCUCCAGUCCCACCGGACACAACUGGGAGAUGAAUUAUCAAGAGGCAGCAAUCUACCUCCAGGAAGGCGAGAAUAACGACAAGUUCUUCACCCACCCCAAGGAUGCCAAAGCGCUGGCGGCCUACCUCUUUGCACACAACCACCUCUUCUACCUGAUGGAGCUGUCAACGGCCCUGCUCCUGCUGCUGCUCUCCCUGUGCGAGGCCCCCGCUGUCCCCGCACUCCGGCUUGGCAUCUAUGUCCAUGCCACCCUGGAGCUGUUUGCCCUGAUGGUGGUGGUGUUUGAACUCUGCAUGAAGUUACGGUGGCUGGGCCUCCACACCUUCAUCCGGCACAAACGGACCAUGGUCAAGACCUGUGUGCUGGUGGUGCAGUUUGUUGAGGCCAUCGUGGUGUUGGUACGGCAGACAUCCCACGUGCGGGUGACUCGGGCGCUGCGCUGCAUUUUCCUGGUGGACUGUCGGUACUGCGGUGGUGUCCGGCGUAACCUGCGACAAAUCUUCCAGUCCCUGCCACCCUUCAUGGACAUCCUCCUGCUGCUGCUAUUCUUCAUGAUCAUUUUCGCCAUCCUCGGUUUCUACUUGUUCUCCCCUAAUCCUUCAGACCCCUACUUCAGUACCCUGGAGAACAGCAUCAUCAGUCUGUUUGUGCUUCUGACCACAGCCAAUUUCCCAGAUGUGAUGAUGCCCUCCUACUCCCGGAACCCCUGGUCCUGCGUCUUCUUCAUUGUGUACCUCUCCAUCGAGCUGUACUUCAUCAUGAACCUGCUUUUGGCCGUGGUGUUCGACACCUUCAAUGACAUCGAGAAACGCAAGUUCAAGUCUUUGCUGCUGCAUAAGCGAACCGCCAUCCAGCAUGCCUACCGCCUGCUCAUCAGCCAGCGGAGGCCAGCUGGCAUUUCCUACAGGCAGUUUGAAGGCCUGAUGCGCUUCUAUAAGCCCCGGAUGAGUGCCAGGGAGCGCUAUCUUACUUUCAAGGCCCUGAAUCAGAGCAGCAAACCUCUGCUCAGCCUAAACGACUUUUAUGAUAUCUAUGAAGUUGCCGCCUUGAAGUGGAAGGCAAAGAAAAACAGAGAGCACUGGUUUGAUGAGCUUCCCAGGACUGCGUUCCUCAUCUUCAAAGGAAUUAAUAUGCUUGUGAAGUCCAAGGCUUUCCAGUAUUUCAUGUACUUGGUGGUGGCAGUCAACGGGGUCUGGAUCCUUGUGGAGACAUACAUGCUGAAAGGUGGGAACUUCUUCUCCAAGCACGUGCCAUGGAGCUACCUCGUCUUUCUCACCAUCUAUGGGGUGGAGCUGUUCCUGAAGGUUGCCGGCCUGGGCCCUGUGGAGUACCUGUCCUCUGGGUGGAACCUGUUCGACUUCUCUGUCACUGUGUUUGCCUUCCUGGGACUGCUGGCCCUGGCCCUCAACAUGGAGCCUUUCUAUUUCAUAGUGGUCCUGCGUCCCCUGCAGCUGCUGAGGUUGUUUAAAUUGAAAAAGCGUUACCGCAAUGUGCUGGACACCAUGUUCGAGCUGCUGCCACGGAUGGCCAGCCUGGGCCUCACCCUGCUCAUCUUCUACUACUCCUUCGCUAUUGUGGGCAUGGAAUUCUUCUGUGGAAUCCUCUACCCCAACUGCUGCAAUGCAAGUACAGUGGCAGAUGCCUACCGCUGGCUCAAUCACACCGUGGGCAACAAGACUGUCAUGGAGGAAGGCUACUACUAUCUCAACAAUUUUGACAACAUCCUCAACAGCUUCGUGACUUUGUUCGAGCUCACAGUUGUCAACAACUGGUACAUCAUCAUGGAAGGUGUCACCUCUCAGACCUCCCAUUGGAGCCGCCUCUACUUCAUGACCUUUUACAUCGUGACCAUGGUGGUGAUGACUAUCAUCGUGGCCUUCAUCCUCGAGGCCUUCGUCUUCCGGAUGAACUAUAGCCGCAAGAACCAGGACUCAGAAGUUGACGGUGGCAUCACCCUUGAGAAGGAAAUCUCCAAAGAAGAGCUGGUCUCUGUCCUGGAGCUCUACCGGGAGGCACGCGGAUCUUCCUCAGAUGUCACCCGGCUGCUGGAGACCCUCUCUCAGAUGGAGAGGUACCAGCAAAGUUCCGUGGUGUUCCUGGGACGGAGAUCAAGGACCAAAAGCGACCUGAGCCUAAAGAUGUACCAGGAGGAGAUACAGGAGUGGUACGAGGAGCACACCCGGGAGCAAGAGGAACAGCAGCAGCAGCUUAGCCGCAGCGCGGUCCCUGCAGUGCAGCAGCCCCCAGGGAGUCGCCAGCGCUCCCAGACUGUCACCUAGCCCCAGCCCGCAGCAGCCAUCUCUUCUAUGCAAUAACACAAUAGUAUUA